CACUCAGCUGCUCGUUUAUUGGAUUAAGAAGAGUGUAUUAUCACUUUCCUUUUUUAAGUUCUUUGGGAGCACAGAUGAGCAUGCCCAAAGUUGAGAAUGAUUAGCACCAGAAAUUGUGAUGUGUACAUCAAAUUUGUUGCUCUUCAUUUAUAUAUUUGGUGAUUUCUUUAGACAUUUACUGCCAACUAGUUUUACAGAAAAGCUCUAUCUGAUUUGCCAUUUGAUGGUUUAAAGUUCCAGGGAAUCCUAAAAAGUUUUCAUUUGGGUGUUAGAUAAUGGACUCAAAUUUGCAAUCUUCACCAGCAGACAGUGACUGUGCCAAGGCAGCAUUUCGCAAGCCUUCGAAUGAUGUGGUUAAUAGGAAGUACAGGCGCAGGUCUCCAGUUGAUGGGUCAUCUCCAUCUGAUGGGAGUCCUAAUGGUGCACGGGAGUCCAGCCCUGCCCUUCCCAAAGAAAAUUCUGAAAAAACUUAUGAUGAUCGUCGCAAACAGGAUGAUAGAAGAGACUUGAGUAGAGAGUAUGGUAGGAGUCAGUAUGGUCGGACAAAUGAUUCUCAUAAAUAUUAUGGCCGACAUUCCUCGAGGAGUACAGAUGGUUAUCAUCGAUAUGAUGACUACAAACGUGAAAAGUGUGCGGAAGAAGAUGAUAGAAAAUAUCCAAGGUCAUCUCGUUCUGGUAGAGAUAGGGCUGGUGAUCAUUCUGAUUAUACAAGUAGAGAUAGUCAGCAGAACAGAUCGAGAGGUGAUAGGCAUGAUUCUGACAAAUACACUCGUGGAAAGACUGAUUAUUCUGGGCACAGAAGCAGGGAGAGAUAUGGAGGAAGCUCACCUGUUGAGUAUCAGAAAGAUAGGGGAUCAUCACCCGACAGAGUUGGAUCCGGUGAUAGGCAGACAAAUUUAAGCAGUGGAGGGAAGUCUGCAGACCUUGAUAAAAAUAGAGGAACAAAACAUGAACGUGAUGAUAGAAGAGACUAUCAAAGGCGGCAUAAUUCAACUUCACGAAGGGAUAACUCAGGACCCCAAGUACGAGAAACUUCUGGGGGUGAAUAUAAAGAAUCAGAUCGCCUGAAGCACUCUAAACAAGAAAAGCGGGAAGUGCUGGAGAGGUCCGAAGGUAGAGCUUCUUUUAGCAGUGAAAGUCUUGAGAAGAAACCGAAGUUAUACGGCUUUGAUGGAAGCAAGGACCAAGGCAAAUAUGGAAAUGAAAAGGAGCUGUUAACUUCAGAGCAAGCUCAGACAUGCAUCAGUAAAGUUACUCCAGAUCAGGGUGUUUUGAAAGAUUCUGAUAUAGAUGCUGCUAAAGUUGCUGCAAUGAAGGCUGCUGAACUAGUUAACAAGAAUUUAGCUGUAACUGGGGGCCUGACCACUGACCAGAAGAAAAAGAUGUUAUGGGGAAGCAAGAAGAGCACGACAGUUGAAGAGGCCACCCAUCGAUGGGAUGCCUCCCAGUUCUUGGAUCGUGAACGACAAGAGAAAUUUAACAAACUCAUGAGUCUGAGGUUACAUUGGUACCUAUGGCGGAUUGUAGGGUGUAAAGGGCGAGCUCAAAGUGGAACAGAAACCCAACAUCCAAGAAGGAGAUGUGGUCCAAUCAGAGAAGCAGAGUCAGUUACAGCUGGAUUUGGAAAAGCAGUAUACCGCCGGUUUACGUCGAAGAGAUGGUCGUACAGUCGGACUGGGUCUGUAGCCAUCUAUGUUGAAGUAUUCUCAACUUAUGUAAUGAACCGUAGUAGGGAAGUGUUGUACAAGCUUGAAGUGAUGGGAGAUCUCACAAGACCCGAGUCUACUUUUUCUUUCAACCUUUUUUCUAUGAAAGCACCGGUGAAAGGUGAUCAUGAAAUCUCUAUUAAAUGUUCAGUGUGCUGUAAGAAUAUAUAUCUUAAGUUAAAACCACCAUCGACAGGCAGUCACAAUGACACUGCAAUAUUUUGUACUUUAUUUGGUGAUUGCCAUGGCAUUAAAAGUAUCGGGCAUUUAUUAUUGAGAUUAUUAUUUGCUAAAAUAAAUAUUUCCGAUACCUUAUAUGGAUGUGUUAUGGAUGAAGGCUGGAUCUGAGAUUGAAAUUUUUGG